AUGAAACUAUCAUUGCUUUUACUCAAACAAGUUUCACAAUUCCGAUUUACUAACUACGUGCCGACCCGACGAAUUCCCGGCAAUGUACUACUUGGAAAACAUCGCGUGAGACGAACGCUAAGCCAAGGCGAAAAACGUGAUAUGCAACAGCGAAUCGAAAUCGAAUUAGAAAAUAUGGCUCAUUUAAGUCGGCCGUAUCUUACUGAAGAAGAAGAUAAUCUGUACGAACGUGAUCCAGUUCGUCGUGAACGUGAAGAAAAAGCGUUGGCUUUAAAACGGCGACAAGAAGAAAUCCCGGAACAUAUUUAUUUAAAGCGUGAUUUGUUAGAUCGUGUUGCGUGGUAUAAAAAGUGGGAAUAA